CAAGCUGCUCGAAAUCCAACUUAUUAGUCGUGCAAGUCUCGGUCCAAACGGUCAUUUUUCGGUUCCUCGGUGGAAAAGAACUAUCCGGUCCAACCCGGGUUUCGGAUUUUUCGUUUAUUUUCUGUGUCUCCAGACGGGAUCGUCGAGAGCCUGUGCGGUGUGAGUGGUGUUGCGAAUUUGCAACUUUAAGCCGAAGGACGCGCCCAGCCGUAGGCAGUUAUUGUGCAAUACUUCUUUGAGUGAUUUCAACCAACCUGAAACUAAGCUUGUGAAUUUCAUUCCCAACCAAAGGAUAAGUGUUUGUGGAAGUGUUUUUUCCUGUGAUUCUUUUCCUGUAUCUCCAAGUCUUCAACUUCAAGGGCUUCCGGAUUGUAGCAGAGUGUCCUGAUUUGUGACCGUAGCCUGAAUCAUCAAAAGUCACCACAAUGCCUCGGGGCAACGGUGGUCUCGAGUACGUGAUGAAGCUGGGCUACACACUGGUGUUCGUAACCGUGGGCAUCAUGAUCUGGGCAUCGCUAGCCCGGGCGCGAGAAAUCGACAUCUCUCAGCACCCGCCCUGUUCGUUCAACGCACUUUGUACCUGUUCAAAAUCGGCACCUGAUCUCGGUGUCGUGGACUGUCGAGAUGUGCUGUUCCCAGCCAUUCCGAUGGUCAUCAACAGCUCCAAAUUGUUCAUGCUGCACAUGGACAAUACGGGUUUGCGAGAAAUAGAACCUUACUUCUUCCAAACUACUGGGUUGUAUCGGUUGGAUAUUUCCAACAAUCCGAUUACCGAAGUUCCCGAUGAAGCAUUCUGUGGUCUAGAGAGAUCACUCUGGGAGCUGACCCUGGAAAACAAUCGCCUUAUAGAAGUUCCUUCGCGAGCUAUACGAGACCUCAAGAAACUUCGAAUGCUCAACCUGAGAGGAAACGACAUAUCGCUCGUUGAACCUGGUGCCUUCCGAGGGCUGGAGAAGUCUUUACAAUCUCUGGUCCUUGCCGACAACUCCAUCACACAAAUUCUUCCAGCCAGUGUCAGUGGUCUGCCGAAUCUGGAUAGCAUUGAUCUCAGUGGGAAUAACCUGGCCCGGAUAGACCCCGCUGCUUUUAAAGAUGGACUAACCAAGCUAUCCAAGGUUUACCUAGCAGAUAACCUACUGACGCAUAUUCCAUAUGGUGCACUACAACCUUUGCGACAACUACGAACCCUAGACCUGUCCAACAACCUACUCCGUACACUCGUCCCCGAUGAUGACGACGCCAAGGUUACAUUCAAGUUCAACCUGGACGUGCUUCUGUUGCAGUACAACUCCAUCGAAGAAAUACCGGCCAUGUCUUUCAGCUAUUUUGACACGAUCAACUCGACCUUCCUUGAUGGCAAUCCGAUCAAUCACAUUUUCGAUAAUGCCUUCCGGCAGGCUAAGAUUCGAGAGCUCUACAUCCGACACUGUGGUCUAGAUUUCAUUUCACCUGAAGCUUUCGACGGCCUGGAGACAUCGCUGCAAGUACUGGACCUUUCCGGAAACAACAUAACUCACCUUGCCGACGAUCUGUUCCGGGGGUUCGAUAAUCUUAGAUUCCUCAACCUCAAGGAUAACUUGGUCAAACAGAUGGACCACCUCAACAUGUCUCCCUUCGCUGGGCUCAAUUUGUUCAAGCUGGACAGCACCGGUAACGACAAUCAACCCUUCACCCUGAAGGAGCUUUCGGCCAUGAAAAACCUACGAUCACUCGCCACAUCCCAUCUCACCGCGCUCACUCUCAGUCCGGAAGACUUCGCCAACUUCAGCCCGGAGCUGGAAGAGCUUCGCAUCACCCGAGCCGGCCUUAAAUCGCUCAAAAAUCGCUGCUUCACCCAUCUACGAGGUCUCAAACGGCUGGACCUCAGUGAAAACCGAAUCGAUAGCAUCGAACCGAACGCCUUCACCGAAAUCGGUCACUCGCUAGUAUCCCUAAGAAUAUCUCACGGACUAGGCCAACAAAUGCUCCAAGUUCCGCACGAAGCGUUCCGUCAGCUGACAGCCGUCGAAGCGCUAGACCUCAGCAACAACAAGCUCAAAUCGCUCAACGAAAACAGCUUCCACUUCAUGCGGAACCUCGUGAGUGUGGAACUGCACGAUAACCAGAUUGACGUCCUUCAAAAAGGAACGUUCCAGGGCGACAUCCACAACAAACUGGCCAUGAUCUCGCUGCGCUACAACAACCUGAAGCAGAUUCCGUCCCAUUCGUUUGUCGAUUUGGAAGAGCUGAGUGCGCUCUAUCUGGAUGACAAUCGAAUUGAGUCGAUCGACAAGCGCGCGUUUAUGAAUCUGGACAAUUUGAAGCACCUGAAUCUUAGGGGGAACCGGUUGAACCGUAUUGCUGAGGAAGCUUUUCAGAACCUUCCCGAACUGGAGAAGCUGGACCUCGCUUACAACCUUCUCACGGUGUUUGACUUCGAUUUCUUCGACCAGGUCGGUUCUUUAACAUCACUGGAAGUGGACGCUAGCCACAAUCGCAUCAAGGUGCUGGGAGAAUCUUUCGAUCAGAACGGAAACAGUAACGAAUCUUCACCGAUGUUUGCUACCCAUACGUCGAUUAGCAACGGACGAAACGACCACGUGGUGGCGCAUACCAACAUCAAGGCACUGGAUUUGUCGAAUAACAAUAUUUCCAAGAUUGUCGGAGGCUAUUUCAAGCCGUUGGAGCUGUCCAUCAUGAGGUUAUCGCUGGCCGGAAACAAACUGACCAAUACGAGUCGGGAGGUGUUUGGAAACAUGCCCCAUUUGCAGUGGUUGAAUUUGGAGAACAAUGCCAUCAACGAUGUAGAUUUUGACACUUUUAGAUACACGAGGAAGUUACAGGUUUUGAAGAUGUCGAAUAACAUGAUAUCGGAAAUUCCGACGGAUUUGUUCCGCAAUGUCAAGGGAUUGAGGAUUUUGGAACUUGCAUUCAACAAUUUGAAAUAUCUUCCCGAUAGUUUGAUUCUUGAAGAGGGUUUGGAACGCUUGGAUCUGUCCCACAACCAGUUUACAAAGAUUCCCGUGAGUUCGUUGUCAAAUCUUGCGGCUCUGGCAUUAUGCGAACUGGACUUGAGUCACAACCACAUAGGCGCCAUUCACAGCAUUGAUCUGUCAAAUAAGUUUAGGAGCCUCUCCGUAUUGGACCUGUCUCACAAUCGCUUGGUACGCCUGGAGGAUGCAGCAUUCGCCACUCUGCCUCGUUUAUCGUUGCUGGAUCUAUCCCACAACGAUGAACUCGAGGUAAUGGGUAAGGCCUUUGUCGGUCUCGAAAACAGUCUCAUCGAGCUGCGUCUAUCGAAUAUUUCGCUGAGUUCUGUUCCCGAAUUGGCCAAUCCCACGCUUCGAAUUCUGAAAAUUUCUCACAACAAUCUACCAACCAUCCCGCCGGAGCUGGCGGCUAACAUGUCGUCGCUACGGGAGUUGGAUCUGUCAGAGAAUGACCUCACCCACGUGCCAUUGAUCACUCAUUCUUUACCGAAUUUGAAAUCUUUAUCUCUGGCUGGAAAUCCCAUCACAAUUAUGACCAACACCAGUCUUCUGGGAGCUGCAGAUACCCUCGAAUACCUAGACAUUGCGAAUCUCAACCUUAACGGCAUUGAGGUAAACGGCAUUCUCAACAAGUUGAACUUCCUGAGAACCCUUCGAAUUUCAUCGUACCCAAGUAUUCAACAUUUCAACAUUCCUCGAAUUUUGGAAAACGCUGCCAACCUCAGGGAACUGUGGAUCGAAGCCCUCAAAACGUCUUCGGAUGGAUCGUCGAGCAGCGCAAAAACUUCGAAACCGGUUUCGGCCUCAUCCAGUGAUCUUCGGCGUGAAAUGGAAGGUCUGCUUCCGAAAAAGCUGAAGAGUAUCACUUUCGGAGGUCAAGGCUUCAACAAACUGGCUGACAGCGUGUUGAAGGGUGUUCAAGCCGCCAAUCUUGAGAUCACCUUCUACAACACAUCGCUGGCCAGCUUACCAAGCAAUUUCUUCAAAAACAUUGGAAAAGCAGUUCGGAACAUUUCCCUGGAUCUGGAGUAUAGUAACGAUCUACUUCAAUCGGUACCCAAUCCAAACUCUGCACAUUUUCUACAUCUACCAGAAUACGUUUUCUUAACAAAUCUACGAAUCUCUGGAAAUACGCUAGCAUGUGAUUGUGAACUUGGAUGGGUCGAAUUCUGGCAGCGCAAACGCCGUCAAUACAUGUGCCCAGCCCAACCGUGGACCGAGAAUAGCAGCUUCAACAGCUACUUCAAGCACCAGCUGUCGUCGGUGAUGAUGUCCGGUAACAAUCAAGACUGCGAACAAUCCGCAGAUGACUUGCGAGAGGCCACCUGCAGCAAUAAAAAGGACGAAAGUCUGCUGGACGUCCUGAAAAAAGAUCUGGAAUGUGGCUGGGGAAGUGCGGCACCCCGUCUCGGAGUCGUACCGGCGAUAGCCUUCGUGUCGGUGUUCGUGGUGUUGAUGAUGUGACUUAUCCGGUAUCUGUUUAAGAUGUAUAGCGAAUUCUAUGACUACCUGGAGCAAUUGUACAGCGAUCGGGGGGUGUCCAAUGGUGUGGCCGCCAAGGUUUCCUACGUAGACGAUACCUGCGGCUACGGAAGCGAAUUCGAUAUGGAGCUGGACGAAUUGUAAAUUCGAAUGUUGAAAGUUGAAUUGCCUGACUGUUAGAUUUUGUUUUUUUCGGUUUUCGCACGCUCUGAUUAGUUCGUUACAUUUCGCGUUAGGGACAAGUACUGCUGAAGUGAAGCUUAUUUCCGUUGACUAAAACAAAGAUGUAGGGACACACGAUUAUAUUCCUUAGGCGCAUAGCUUUUUUAUGGAAACGUUUAGUACUUUUGCGAAUUUUAUGUGAACUCAAUGUGCCAAUAUUGAUUAAGAAAUACAUUUUUAUCGAACAAAAA